CUGCUGAGGGUGUCUAUCACCUCAUUUCAUUGGCACAUGCGCGCAGGUCAGAUAUGAAUAUUGACCUCAGGCGACCCAAAAAGCGCUAUUCAUCAUUCAUGGCAUUGCAUCGAUCAAAGGUCCUCACGCAAAUGUGUGUUCGUCUGUCUGUCUGUCUGGAUAAAUACGCCGGCAUGCACACGCACACGGACAUGCAGCGAGCAGUGUGUGGACGCACAUGCAGCACAUACACACAGAUGUAUAUCGAGGGCACACGCAUACAGAUGCAAUGGUAAUACAAACACACCCGCUGGCACACGCAGAUGGGAUGGAUGGCUGGCUGGUGAGGACAAAAACGGACAUACACAUAAGGCACUGACUCACACACGACAGACAGACUUGACCGUAAAGGACACUCACCCACUGGCUGGCAUAUCGCUUAAAUCGACAGACAAACAUGACCUCUUGCCCUCCACCCGCUCCAUGCCCUACCCUCCUUCGACUCGACUCCCUGAGAUGUCAGUCAGGAUGCGCCGGUCACGAAGGGUUUGGUGGACCAUUGGGCGACCUCGCUCACCGACCCCGCGAAGGCGACCUCUGUCUGGCACUGCUCGCACAGGUAGCCCUCCGGCAGCAUGGCCAUGGGCUCCUUGUCCUCCUUGAUGAGCUCCUUGUUGACCUCGACACGCCGCGCAUUCUCGGCCCUCACUCGGGGGAGGUUCUGCCGCCAGGCCUUCCGGCGGUCGGCGUAGCACUUGGUGCAGAUGUGCAUGUGGCGGCAGGGGAUGUACAUGACGGACACCGGGCCGUGCUCGCCGAAACAGAUGACGCAGGCCGGACCGUCAUCCCCAUCACCAUGUUGCUGAUGCUGCUGGUGGUCCGUUGUGUUGGGGGGUGUUGAUGGGUGUGGCUGGGCGAAUGAUGAGGAGGGGGGCGGGGGGGCCGACGAACUGCUGCACGAAGGUGGCUGGUGGUGCUGGUGGUGAGAUGAUUGCUGCGCGGUCAUUUUGGCGAUCCUAAGCGCAGAAAACCAUACAGUGAGCUGAAUGCACUCUUUUGGCGAGUCUGUGCGUGCCUUGCUUACGUCCACUGGGCCUCCUGCAGCUGGCGUAUCAUCGCCUCCUCAUUCCGCUUGGCGUCUUGUUCCUUCUGUUUGGCCUCCUGCAACUCCCGAGCCCUUCGCCUGGCCACACGGGCUCUCCGCUUGGCCUCCUCAUCCUUCUGCUCGAGUUGGCGGCACAGCUGAUCGACGAGCUCCUCACUUCCAGAGGCACCAACACCACCACCCAUCACCGCACCAAACCUACACACAAAACAAACAGCGGCAAAGUGACAGAGUGAUACGUGCUGUCGGUUUCCUCUCAGCCUGCCUCUGUGUACCCUGUGGAUGGCCUGCCAUUGCCGCCGUGCACCGUCCCGGCCGUCUGGGCCGCAGCCAAGGGGUCGGGUGCAUUGCUCGAUGAGGGCAGCUGGUACCCCUCCUCCUCAUACUCAAAUAUGGGCGGCGGGGGCGGCACAUACAUAUCGUCAUCAUCACUGUCGUAGCCAUAGAACGGGUCAGCCGACAAGCCACCACCACCAGAGCCACUGGCACCACCACCACCAUUAGCAGCCGCAGCAGCUGGCGUUGGACUGGACGGGAAGGGAUGAGGGAAAGCGAACGGACGCGGACGGGGAGCGCCGGACGGCUGGGGGCCGUCAUCGUAGCUGACAGGAAUCGAGGGACCCAUCGGAUGGAAAUCGCUGCACGCCAGAGCAGGCAACGAGAGGUCCGUAAAGGCGUUGCUGACAGACAGAGAGACAGACAUGAUGCCCGCGUUACCUCGGGUCGAUCGGUGGUUGCGGUGGGGGUGGCGGUGGAAAGGCCGGCGGGGGCGGCACACAGUACGUGUCGUCGCCAUCACUGUCGUAGAACAGAUCAGCCGACAGCCCACCAGCGCCACGACCGCCAGCAGCAGCAGCAGCCGGUGGUGCUGGCCCGACAGGCGCAUGGGCGAAGAAGGGACUCAUCGAAGCACCAGCAGUAGACAGACUGUAGACACAGCAGAAAAGGUAAUCAUUGCCAUCGGAUAUCCCAGCGCUCACUGUCUGCGGCCAUCUCACCUCGGCCUCUCGUCACGUGUCGGCUGCUGUUGGUCGUCUUGUCCACUCUGCCGGUGCUGCUGCAGCGAUGGCCUGUUGCGCAGCUCCUCAGCCGACGGGAGUGGGGGGAAGGGGAUGGAGGGGGGAGGGGGCGGGUGGUGGGCAAAAAUGGUCAUGAGGCCCCUCCCCGCCCCACGACCUCCCACCGGCCGACAGGGAGGCGACGCACAGCCAGACGGACUGUCAUCAUCAGACAGCAGCGGGAUGGCAGCCGGACGCCUCGGCAGAGGAGGGGACAUCCCCCCGUUGCCAGGUGACAUCUUGAAGCGACCCUUGGGGAAGUGGGCGCUUGAGAGGGGGAUGGGUGCGGGCAUCCGAAUGGGUGCUGUGCCGCCGCGAUAACGAUCCUCGCUGGCGGCAGGUGGAGGGCGGUCCAUCCGCCCCGUCUGAUUGGUCCUGAGUGCGGGUGGGAGUGAGGGGCGGGACGGCUGAAAUGGGUGAGCUGUGGGCGUCGGGAUGGGCCUGGUGUUAUGCUUGCCCUUCUUCUUCUUCUUGCCCUCGUUCCUCUGUUGCCGUGCGAGUUGCGCGAAUGCCGAGUUGAGCAGCAUAGCGUCGCCGUCCUCAUCAUCACUGCCGUCAGCGUCACUUCCACCAGCCGCCGACUUUGCUGCAUCGCCACCAUCACCAGGCAGGUCGCUGCCCCCAGCGACUGACACGGAUGACACACCAGACGCACCAGACCUGCAAAGACAGGGAUCGACAGACACACACAGGAAUCAAACGUAUCAGGGCAUCUCGUCAAGUGGGUGGGUUGCUCACGUGUCGGCGAUGGACGAAGAGGGCUCCGACUGACUCGCCUCAACCUCAUCCGCAGCAGAAGCCCGCCUACGCACACACACAUGAGUUAAAUAGUUCCAUCAGCCGUGGUCUUUGGGUGGAUGGCUUCCCUACCUGGUGGAUGCGGCGGUGGAGGGCACCGAUGGCUCCAUGAUCGGAUCAGAAGGGCUCGCCGCAUCCCCACCUGCAAGCCCCUCCUGCUGCUGCUGCUGCUGCUGGUGGUGUCCCUUGCCGCCCUUGUUCUUUCUGCCCUUGGCCUUUUUGUCUUUGGCCUCCUUCUCGCGUCGCUCCUCCGCGAGGAGGGCCUCCUGCAUCCGCUUCGCCUUGGCCUCCUGGGCCGCCAACUGGGCGGCCGAGAUGGCGGUUUUGGCCUUGGUGUCCUUCUGGUGCUGUUGGGCGAAGGCAUUGAAGAAAUCCGACACCUGAUGGGGCAGAGAGGUGUGAAGAGGAGAGCCUCGUGCUGUGCAGGAGCGUUGCUCACCUGUCGUGAGACCUCGAUGCCGCUGCUGGGGUCACACAACGCCUUGACCGACUUGAACUGACAUGGCGGCACACAGACAGACAGACAGUCAGGUGGGCAAAGCACACACGACCCUCGGCGUAGCUACCUGCAGUAUCUGGCCGACGAUGGGAUUCGGUGCUCCUUUGGCGACCAGCGACUUGCCAUAGCUGACAUACAUGACACAGCGACAAACAGACACACUCAAUGAUGCAUCGGACUUCCCUGUCUGCAGCUCAUGGCUGACCUGACGAUGCUCUUGAGAAUGUCGACAGCAGUCUCGCGACCAGUGUCACGGAGGCCAUCUGCGCGAAGGAGCUGUCCCUGUGCGUCCUUGAGCAGCAUGCCACAUAUGGCCUUUGCCAGUCCAUCGGUCCCCAACACCUACACACAAACAAACGCACCACAGCACUCUCGUCCAAUUGAGAUGGGAUGUCAGUGACCUUCCUUCGCCGACCUUCCGAUCUCUCUGGCUGAGGGUCUUCAAGCAGUCCAUGCAGAGGACCAGCAGUUGCAUGUCGAUCCUCUCGGCUCUCUCGAAGAAGAGGAUCAGACUCGACAUGAACCGCGACUCGACCAAAGCGCCAGCGUCCCCACCAUCUGCACACACACACACACACACAUAUGGUUCAAGGAUUCUGGGAGGUGCACCGACUGACUGACUGACUGUCUGACGGACGGACCUAUCAUGACCAUAGCUGGGAUGACCAGAGCAGACGUCAUGCAGUUCGUUGCGUAAUCUGCCGCUGAAGUCGCUGGAUCCUCGUGCGCUCCGUGGUCCAUUCCCAACGCGUUGGCCACCCGAUCUGGCAUCGAUCCGUCCAGGACGAGGGCACGAAGCGGCUGCAUCGGGGGCGGGGCAGCACCGAGUGUUCUCACCACCCCCGGUUGCUCGAUGUACUUGCCGACGUCACCUGGCUGCAAAGGGCCACCUGCACACAAAUCCACUUUUACCCGACUAGCUAUCAGUCUCCUUCACCUCGUACCUUUCUUCUUUCGCAUGCAGAGGGCGAGAGCGGUGUGGAGAAGGGCUCCAACUGUGGGGAUCGCCACGAGGCACAGGCGAGAGGAAGGAUCGGACGCUUUGAUGCGGGCCACCAGCGUCUCCAGAUGAUCGUAGACGUGUGUGUUGAGAGCCGCCCUGAUGGCCGGCCACUCCUCAGUACCUGCCAAGAUUGCAAAGGACAGCAGCCUCGUUCAAAGAUAGGUAUCCAUGUGCACUUUUCUGACCUCCGCAUGGGCAGUUCCCUAGAUGCUCUGCGGCACACAU